AUGAGGCUUGCGCAAUUAUUUUAUCUUGAAAAUGAGAAUCCUGAAAAAGAAAUUAAGUUAUAUAUUAAUAGCCCAGGUGGAGCUGUGACAUCCGGAUUAGCCGUAUAUGAUGCAAUGAAUCACGUUGGGAUUGUUGAUUCUCUUCCAUGUGAAACAAGUGGCGUAUGGGAAUAUAUUCAAUCCCCAGUUUCAACUUGUUGUUAUGGUCAAGCUUGUUCAAUGGCAUCUUUGUUAUUAGCAGCGGGCGAACCAGGUAAAAGAUACUCGCUUCCCAAUUCUAGCAUUAUGGUACAUCAACCGAGCGGUGGAGCACGUGGCCAAGCGACUGAUAUUGCCAUACACGCCAAAGAAAUUCUGAGAGUAAGAGAAAGAUUAAAUAAAAUAUAUCAAAAACACACAAAGAAACACACUUUAGCCGAUAUAGAAAAGGCAGUAGAACGAGAUUAUUUUAUGACAGCUGAAGAAGCGCUCGAGUUUGGAUUGAUUGAUCGGAUAAUGGAGAAGAGAGAUGUGAGCGUCGAUGAUGAUGAAUCGUCCGCUCUCUCUGAAUCAUCUCCUACUCAAUGA